AUGGCCGUCCUCUCCAGAUACAACUACGUCUUCGUCCUCACGGCGAUAUUCGCGCUCCUAGAUGCCUGGAAUAUUGGCGCCAACGAUGUGGCCAAUUCGUUUGCCAGCUCCGUGUCCUCGCGGUCGUUGACUCUCAAGCAGGCCAUGGUCAUUGCGUCCUUUUGCGAGUUCGCCGGCAGCGUAUCGGUGGGCGGCAGAGUCUCUGAUGCGCUGCGCACCAAGAUUGUCGAUCCGCAUCUCUUUGACGACUCCCCGCAGGUGCUCCUCUUGGCCAUGAUGUGCACAGUCAUGGCCUCGUCCAUCUUCCUAACCAUUGCCACGCGAUAUGGGAUGCCAGUGUCUACCACGCACAGCGUCAUCGGCGGCAUGAUUGGCACGGCCACCGCCUCGGUUGGCAUUAACAAGGUCAACUGGGGAUGGCAAGGCGCGUCCCAAGUCUUUCUGGCCUGGGUCAUUGCGCCAGGCAUUGCCGGCGUCCUGGGCGCCAUGGUCUUCUUCAUUACGAAGCGCCUCAUAUUGAUGAAUCGCAACUCGGUGCGCCGCGCGUUUUGGUCCAUACCAUUCUUCACCUUCCUCACAUUUGGAGCUGUCUCGAUGUUGCUUGCCUGGAAAGGCGUCCGUAACCUCAACAUCACGACCGCGACGACCCUCAUUGUCAUCUUCGUUGCUGCCGGCGGCGGCACGCUACUGCACGGUGUCUUUGUCAUGCCGUACCUGUGGGUGCGCAUCAUUCGCCAAGACUGGACACUGAGAUGGUAUCACGCUCUCCUGGGCCCAUUCCUGCUCAAACGCGAUGCCCCUCCACCAACACCAACCAGCUUCGUCAAGCCGCAAAUCAAAGACUAUUAUCGCGGGCACCUAACCCCAGACGAGCUGACCUACGUCCGCGCAUCAGAGACGCUGUUGCGAUCAGUGCAGAUGCAUGGGGCGAAUGGGCCCCCAAAUUCCGACAUGGACGACGAGUUCGUCCUUCUUCCGCCAGCAGCGCAAGAGCUGCCUGAGGAAUCAGGGUCACGGCCACAGUCGUCUGCCCACGACAGCCUCGUUCCUCCUCGACCACAGGGCAGUUGGAGGAGCUUUCCGGUUCUCAUCUGGCGGAUCAAUCGUAUUCUUCUCCGAGGCAUCGAAAAGGAUGUCAUUAGCAUGCAGAAGCGCAACGCGGUGCUGAGCUGGGACCUAGAGGUCAUGCACUCCCGCGCCCCGCGCUUCGAUAACCGCGCCGAGUACAUGUUUUCGUCAUUGCAGAUCCUGACAGCCGCUGCAGCGUCCUUUACACACGGCGCAAAUGACGUAUCCAACGCCGUCGCGCCGUUUACCACCGCCUUGGAUGUCUGGUCCCACGGCGUGGUCAGUGACAAGGUCGACGUGCCCAUUUGGGUGCUGUGCCUUGGCGGCGUUGCCAUUGUGCUCGGCUUGCUGACCUAUGGUUACCACGUGAUGCGCACGCUGGGAAAUCGCUUGACGCUCAUAUCCCCGACGCGUGGCUUCUGCAUGGAGCUGGCGACGGCCCUGACUGUCAUCAUGGCCACAAGGCUCCGACUGCCAGUAUCUACGACGCAGUGUAUCACGGGCGCCACGGUCGGUGUUGGGCUGGCAAAUGGAGACUGGCGCUGCAUCAACCCGAAGCUGGUGGGAUGGAUCUAUAUGGGAUGGAUGAUCACCGUACCUGUGACAGGUCUGAUGUCGGGAUGCUUGAUGGGCCUAAUUGUAAACGCUCCAAGAUGGAGCUUAUGA